GGGGAGGGGGCGAGCGCGGGGCUCAGCUCCCCCGGGCACAGGCGGCGGCGGUUGAGCUGGGGCAGCACCUGUGCCCCCCCGGCCGGCACCAGCACCGGGCACGACCCCCCCAGCAGAGACCUGGUGCCCGCACGUCCCGGCUGCUGCUCCCAGGAGGGCGAGGGGCCGCGGGGGUUGCAGCCGCCUGCGGGAGCUGUGCCAGCGCUGGCUGGAGCCCCAGCGCCGCAGCAAGGAGCGCAUCCUGGAGCUGGCGGUGCUGGAGCAGUUCCUGGCCAUCCUGCCCCGGGAGAUGCGGAGCUGGGAGCGGGCAUGCAGCGGGAGCCCUGCGCCGAGCCGGUGGUCCUGGCUGAGGGGUUUCAUGUGGGGCAAGAGGAGGAGGAGAAGCUCCCUCCCCUGGCUCUCUCCCAGUCCCUGGUCACUGUAACACAUUUGCCUUGUCCCCAGGUCCCCGUGCAUGUCAAGGUUGAGGAAAUGUCCUCGGACAAGAUGGCGCCCACUGAGGCACUGUGGAAACAUCUCAAAUCCUGCCUGGCACGGCCAGAGCCCUUGAAGGAGGCAGGACAGGAUGAAACCACAGAGCCUCAGGAUGAGCCCCUUUGGGUCCCCAGGAAGGAGCUUCUGCCCCAGCAGGACCCAGAUAGCCUGAAACCAGAGGAGACCUGGGAGUGGUCAGCUCAUGAAGGCUCCUCAGGCUGGUGCCUCAGAGCAGGCCCUUGUCCAGGAGCAGCAGGUGCAGGGACCCCGAGCAGAGCUGAGGAGGAGCUUUGUGCUGAUGGGCCUGGAAACCUGGAACUACAGGGGACUCCCCCAGGGAGACUGGUGGAUAUGGGCUUCCUGAUGCCUGUGCCAAGUCAAAUGGACAAGGGGCAGAGCAGAUCUCCAAGGCAGGGGCAGAGAAUGGAGCUCCGGGAGGCCUUUGAGGAUGUGGCGGUGUACUUCACCCAGAAGGAGUGGGAGUUGCUGGAAGAUGAAGACAAGGAGCUUUACCGGGACCUGAUGCUGAGGAAUUACCAAACCCUAGUUUCCCUGGGAUAUCAAGGUCCCACACCUGGCUUAAUCUGCCGCAUCAAGCAAAGAGAGGUGGAGCUCUGGGUUUGUGAUGAUGAGCACCAUGGGGAAAGUUCAGUGUCUGAAAACCUCUUGCCAGAUUCCUGUGCCUUGAAGGACCCCUGGGACUCGUCAGCAGAGGAAAGCUCCCUAGGCUCAUUGCCUGCAUCCAACUGUUCCCUGGCAGCAGCAGGAGCUGCCUCGAUGCUCCCCAGCUCUUCUCAGCAGUCUCCAAAGGAAGGGCGCUCAGAUCUGGAACCACCACAGACUUCCUCAAGAUCAGGAGGGAGGGACCCUCCAAGUCCUGAGAAGGACUGUUUGCAUAAGAGGCCCACCAGGUCUCGAAACCAGAUGGAAAACAUUUCGUUUAACAAAAUACCAAAUCUUGUUGGAUGUGAGAGUGGAGGAGAGGUGAAGCCCAGCAAGAGCCAGAGUUACAGGGAAGAAUUUGAUAGGCUGAGAAAUAUGAGAAAUCCCAAGAGAAAGAUUCAACAGGGAGAGAGAUUUCAUCUAAACUCUGCCACCAGGGUGGGCCUUAGGGAGAAGCAGGAGCUCACCACCAAGCUCAUGGAGAUGGCCCAGCCCACCCCUGAGUGCAGGGAAACCUUCAGUUGCCCAUCGCAGCACCAGCACAUCCACUCAGGAAGGAAGAGAAUUCAAUGCAUGAAGUGCAAAAAGAGCUUCACCAGCAGGCAAGGCCUGUCCUGUCACCAGUGUGUGCAAAGCGGGGAGCAGCCAUCCCACUGCACCAAGUGUGGGAAGAGCUUCAGCCAGAUGUCCAAGCUGGCCCUGCAUCAGCUCAUCUGCACAGGGGAGAAGCCAUAUCAGUGCUCUGUGUGUGGAAAGAGCUUCACCCUCUCCUCCAGCCUGGCUGAGCACCAGCGCAUCCACACGGGGGAGAAGCCACAUGGGUGCUCUACAUGUGGGAAACAUUUCACGCACUCCUCCAGCCUAAACCACCACCAGCGCAUCCACACAGGGGAGAAGCCUCAUCAGUGCCCUGAGUGUGGGAAGAGCUUCACCCAGGUUUCCCACAUGACCCGGCACCAGCAAAUUCAUAACGGGGAGAAACCACAUCAGUGCCCUGACUGUGGGAAGAGCUUCACCCAAGUCUCCCACCUGGCCCGGCACCAGCAAAUCCACACCGGUGAGAAGUUACACCAGUGCCAUGAAUGUGGGAAGAGCUUCACCCUCUCCUCCCACCUGGCUCGGCACCAGCGCAUCCACACAGGAGAGAAGCUGCAUCAGUGCCAUGAGUGUGGGAAGAACUUCACCCUCCCGUCCCACCUGGCUAGGCACCAGCGCAUGCACACUGGGGAGAAGCCAUAUCAAUGCCCUGAGUGUGGGAAGAGCUUUACUGAAGCCUGCCACCUGGCCCAGCACCAGCGCAUCGAAACAGGGCAAAAGCCACAUCACUGCCUUGAGUGUGGGAAGAGCUUCAUCUGGUCCUCCCACCUGACACGGCACCGACGCAUCCACACAGGGGAGAAGCCAUAUCAGUGCCCUGAGUGUGGAAAGAGCUUCACCCUCUCCUUCCACCUGAUCCGGCACCAGCGCAUCCAUACGGGGGAGAAGCCAUAUCAGUGCUCUGAGUGUGGCAAGAGCUUCAGUGAAACUUCCCGUCUGGCCCAGCAUCAGCGCAUGCACACAGGGGAAAAGCCACAUCGGUGUCCUAAGUGUGGGAAGAGCUUCACCCUCUCCUCCCACCUGACCCGGCACCAGCGCAUCCACACAGAGGAGAAACCGUAUCAGUGCCCUGAGUGUGGGAAGACUUUCACUGAAGCCUCCCACCUGGCCCAGCACCAGCGCAUCCACACAGGGGAGAAGCCACAUCAGUGUCUUGAGUGUGGGAAGAGCUUCCUCUGGGCCUCCCAGCUGGCCCGACACCAACACAUCCACAUGGGGAAGAAAUCGUAUCAGUGCCCUGAGUGUGGGAAGAGCUUUACCCUCUCCUCCCACCUGGUCCGGCACCAGCGCAUCCAUAUCGGGGAGAAGCCAUAUCAGUGCUCUGAGUGUGGGAAGAGCUUCAGUGAAACCUCCCACCUGGCCCAGCACCAGCGCAUCCAUAUCGGGGAGAAGCCAUAUCAGUGCUCUGAGUGUGGGAAGAGCUUCAGUGAAACCUCCCACCUGGCCCAGCACCAGCGCAUGCACACAGGGGAAAAACCACAUCAUUGUCUUGAGUGUGGGAAGAGCUUCCUCUGGGCCUCUCAGCUGGCCCGACACCAGCACGUCCACAUGAGGAAGAAGCCACAUUAGUGCUCAGGAUGAGUGAAGCUUCACUUGUUCCUCCCACCUAGAUCAGCACCAGUGCAUCUGCACCCAGGAGCAGCCAUUAUUCUGCCACAGUGCAAGAUGGACUUGGGUAUGUCUGCAUACUCAACACCCACCAGUGGUUGCAUUCAGGCAAGCAGCUCUGCCCUGGCAGAGUGCAGAAAGAGUUCACCCUGCCCUCAGCCCAUGUAGGGAACUGCAGAGCCCAAAGGACCCAGAGAUUGGGGUGCAAGGUUUUGAUUGGUGGGAGAGGCAAGAAGAAAUACCUGAGGCAGGAGCUAGCCCAGAUGCUGGGAGAACUUCUGAGGUGAUGAUCUUUGCAUUAACCUUGGACUCUAUACAUUCCCCAUCAUUCUCUGCAAGCAGUCAGCUGUCCUGGGGGAGAAGUGCACUGACAGUAGGGUUCCCUCCCAAGACAACUGGCUCCACAUUACACUCAGGGACUGACCUAUACUUCGUCCAAGCUUUGUCCUCCCUGCUAGUCCCAAGGUCCUGGUACGUGAGGCUCUUGAGUUGCAGGGAGCAGAGCAUUAAUGGUUGGCAAAGCAUUCCCUGCUCUUUGCUCUGACCUUGCCUUUCCUCACCACCACACAACCCCUUUCCUAGACCUGCUCAAGUGCUCAUGCCCAUCGGGUGUCUUUUAGCUGCUGUUGCCACUGCUGCUGCCCCCUUAGCCCAGUUUAGUAGGUUUUGCUCUUUAGCCUCUGCCCAGAACUCUGCACUGCCAGGUGCCAGUUGCUUUCCUUGCCCUCCUUUAUUCAUCAUCAUCAUCUCAUUCUCAGUAACAAAUCCCUUGCUACUAAAGCCCCAGAACUGAACUGGUAUCCUUGUGCGGGGUCUCCAUGUUCUCUCCAAAGCUGUGAAAUGGAAAAAACCAGGGGUCCAAACCUUUUCCACACCAGGUAUCUCUAGGAGUCCCAAGCCCUUCCAUUUUGAGAGGAUUCACCACAAUCAAGAGCUUGUUCCUAACACUCGGGAGCAUGAGUUGGUCACACCUGAGGUGUUGCUCCCACAUAGUGCUGUGCAGCAUGGGCCCUAUUUGCCCAGGAGUUAUAGAUUUCUUGACAGAGAAAUAGGAAGAACCUGCACCUCCUUCACCCCACCACCCUUUCUCAUGGAAGUGUGUGGAAAGUAUGCAGCAAACAGGAAGAAAAGCGGCAGGAUGGAGUAGAGGAGUUUGAGCAGGAAAAAACAGAAGCAAAGGUGCUGAAGGAGAUCCCACAACAGAGCCAGGAAGAGAUUUUUGAGGAGUUCCUCUGGUUGGAGAGUUGCUGCAGGAAGGAAAGGAAGAGAAGGAGGGAAAAGUUCAACAGGACACUAGUGCCCUCAGGAGCAGGGAGAGGUGGUGUGGACUCAAGAAGAAAUAGAAGAGGGGAUGGGAUGGCUUCCUGAAAGUGAAACUGGAGAAGUGAAGGAAUGGCAAACACCUGAAAGGGGAAAGAUGGGCAAAAUUAAGGGAGAGGCAGAGAAUCAGAGAUGGGGCAGAAGGAGGGGGAACCAUUCAUGUUCAGGCCCCACAACUAGAAAGUUCAGGCCAUGGGUCCGAGAUGGAAACAAGACAGAGCAUUUGGGUAGAGAAGAGGAAAAUAGCAGAGGGAAACAGUGAUGAAGGCUCCCUUUGCAAAACAGUGGGCAACAGGUAAUCUUGGUCAUUGCAUUGGUUCAUGUCAGGAGUAUUGUGUGAGUAAGUGGGCAGGAGUAGGGGUAUUUUUGGCUCACGUACAAACACGUCAUCUGCCUGUAAAAGUGUGAUCUAUGAAUGACAUCAUAGCAAGUACCCAUCCCAGGGGUGGUCAUGGUGUUCCCUCUUCUUCCAGGACCUCUCCAUUUGAUUUAUCCACCGUGCUUUGAUGUGAUAUAUCUCUGAUGAAAGGACUGGUGCCCCAGGGCUUCCCAAGCCUGGUCUUAUUCUUCUGACUAGAAGUGCUCAUGGUUGUUGCUUUAUGGGCUAAGUCUUGGGCUCCAUCCUCCCCAAUCCCCACUCUCAAGUUUUGCAGGUGAUCUGCUGACAUGUGCUGUUCAUGGGAUGUGAGUGCCCAGCCACAUGCUCUCCCAUCUGGCAGGCCUCGGGCACUGGACCAUCCUGGAUCCUGCCAGGCACUGACCUGUUUCCAUGCCUGGUCCCCCCGGGUGCUCAGUGUUCUCCAUACUAUAUACAGGCCCUCGUGUUCUCUUAUGCCCUUCCCCACCUCCAUGAGCACCACAUUCAGCUCCCACGGCCCUUUCCCUUCCACCUGGUGAACAUCCAGGUCCGCUUUGUCUCUAACGCCCUACAGGACAAGUUGCAAUUUGGCACCACCUGAAAGUUCUUCACCAUCAGCACUGUGAGAAAAAGAGCAAUUCAAUUCCUGAGUGCAACUUUCCAGUUGAAUUGGCUUUUGUGAACAUCGCUUCCUACCCUGGGCCUCUCCUCCCCUCCUCUUGCAGACCAUUUUCCUCCACAAUUGGUUUCUACAGUCUGGAGGUUUUGUAUAGUCCUCCCCAAACUUUCUUUUCUCGUGCCUGUAGUGUAGAAGGCAGUUGACAUCUCCAACCAAUGCAAUGGGUUUGGAUACUAGGAAUCUCGCUGCUACCUUCCUGAGUAUCACACGGUGCACUUCCCUUUCUGCCAGGGGCCAUACAUUUGUUAUCUCAAUCACUGACCCUUUUGCUUCAAAUUCGACCUGUUAAAUCCUCCAUCGCUGCACCUCCACCUUCUUUUAAAUUCCAAGCCAUGGUUCUGUACCAGUGCCACUACCCCAGAUGCUCUGUUUCCAUAAAUGUCUGACCAUGGUGAAGGUCUCUAGGUGCACUGCUUCUCAAGGCUUUCAGAGUGCUCUCAUUGUGACAGGGCAGUUUGGUGCACACCUGUCACACUAAGAGGACAGGCUGUCUAGGGAGCAGCUGAUAGGUGGGGAUGGGGGCUGAUCAGGGAGUCACCUGGGUGGAAGGGGGAUGUCCUUGAGCCACGUAAGCCCAGGGCCUGAACUGGUCAGGGCAAUCUGCCCCCAAGUUGCCAUGAGGCGCUCCUGGCAGCAGGGCUCCUGGUACCACCUGAGCUGGGGUAAGCUGCACACAGGCCUUGGAAGGGGAAGGCCUAGGAGGAGGGGUGCCAGCGGGGCUGCUCUCAAGAGAAGCUGGCCAGGCCUUGGGGCAGAUAGGCCUGGGAGAAGAGGAGUCAGAGGCCCAGUCCCCCAGAGAGCUGCUUAGAAAUGAACUGGUGGUUGAGGAAGGGACUGAAGGGGAGGUGUGGACGUCCCAGUGGGCCCAGCAAGAGGGUGGAGGGCCGGGGAUGCAGAGGCAGAUAGCCAGAGCCUAUUGACAGGUAGAGCACAGGGUCAGGGCAAGCCUUGAAAGGGAUAGGCCUGGGGCCCACGAGCCCUAAAAAGACGAGUCUCUUACUGGAUCUGGUGGGACACCUGAAUGAGGAGAGAGAAAAAAGGAUCUGCGUGACACGUGUACGGUGGACAUGUUGUAAGAGCAGAAAGAUUUGGAAUGACAGAUGGCCCCCCCCGAUCCUUCUAGUUCAGCACCGACAAAAGACUUGGGGGCCAGAUUGGGAAAUGGAGAGGCCAAGGCCUGCUGUGGAGAGGAGGAACCUCAGAGGCAUGUCUUCCGGGAAUGUCAUGUUAUGAAGGGAUGGACGAGAGUGCGACGCCUUCUGGAGACACUAGUGAGAAUAUGGGCUGUGACAAGGGAGGGUGCCGUGGGGCGAGUUCCAGCUACUGGAAGUGUGUGCAAGAAGAGGAUGGAAUCUGAUCAUUUGUUUUAAAGAUGCGAUUUGGAAAUGGAGAGAUUUGAUUGUGCAUAGGCAUGUUGAACCAGCAGUUAAAGACAUUAUGGUGGGGCUGAAUAAAUCAAAGUGGCACUGUGGAAGGGAACAAGAGGAAUGGGGAAAGGGAAAAGCUAGAAACGGGCAGCAAAGGGCCAAGGGUGCGAUUCAUUUGUGCAGUUCUGUUUUCGCCGUGAGUCUUGUGCAAAAUGCGGCAUGUACUGGGUUCGGGGCCUUCUUUUUCUUGUGUGCAGUAUUAGCUGGUACCGUUGGAUGAGUGCUUGUUGGGAUGUUUUGGGAUUUUGUUAUUUUUUGCACUCCCCGUGUGUAAAGAAUACAGUAAGUUAAAUUAGGAUUUAGACGGGGAAAUUGAUAUUUGUUUCUUGGUUUUGUCUGUGGGAGAUAGAUGUUUUAAUGUUAACUAUAAUGGGUUGCUGGAUAUAAUAGAAAGUGUUUGUUGAAAGAAGAGAAAUGUUAUUUUGCUACUAUUACAAAGAAGAAAACAGCAAAUGUAACAGUAA